UACCGUUACUGACCCGGGUGUGUUGUGUAGUGUGAGCCGAGUGUGUGAGCUGAUUGUGUGAGCUGAUUGUGUGAGCCGAGUGUGUGUGCUGUGGCAGUAACAAUGCCUUCAGUUCAGUAUCUGAGAGAGUUUAUCAACGAGCGACUAACUGCUGCUGCUGAACAAAUAUUCUUGGAGUUUGAAAAAACGAUCGUCCAGUACGAGGAAGAGAUCGACCGUCAGCGCAGACUGCUGGAUAUCACCUGGAAACCCCAAAUCAAGCUGCACAGGACAGACGUCCCACAGCAGCAGGUCUGUGAGGAGGAGGAGGAGGUUCUCCCUGAGCAGCAGCUCUGGAACCAGGAGAGGAGCUCCAGUGUGGACCAGGAGGAACCAGAACCUCCACAGAUUAAAGAGGAACAGGAGGAACUGUGCAGCAGUCAGGAGGGAGAGCAGCUGGGACUGAAGGAGGAGACUGAAGUUCAUAAUGAUCCUGUGCAGUACGAGGAAGAGAUGGAGCGUCAGCGCAGACUGCUGGAUAUCACCUGGAAACCCCAAAUAAAGCUGCGCAGGACAGACGUCCCACAGCAGCCCGUCUGUAAGGAGGAGGAGAAGGUUCUCCCUGAGCAGCAGCUCUGGAACCAGGAGGAACCAGAACCUCCACAGAUUAAAGAGGAACAGGAGGAACUGUGCAGCAGUCAGGAGGGAGAGCAGCUGGGACUGAAGGAGGAGACGGAUACCUUUAUGGUGACUGUUGCUGAGGAAGGAGAGCACAGGGAGCAGCUCCUCGCUCACAGCUCUGCUGUAGCUGACAGUCAAGAUCCAGGAGGAAACAAGAACGCAGAUUCAAGGUCAAGUAGAGAAAGACACAAAAGUCACAACAAUGCAGAAAAUCCCACUAUGUCAGGGAGUCACUGUAACUUUGAUAAAAGUAGUACGUCUGUAAAAUGUGAUGUUUGUGGAAAAGCCUUUAAGUUUAAUUAUCUAAUGAAGAGUCAUUAUUCAAUCCACACAGGUGAGAGACCGUUCGCUUGUACAGUGUGUGGAAAAAUGUUCAGAUGCAGUAGCUUUUUGAAGAAGCACCUAAGGACGCACUCCGAUGUGAAGCCAUAUACUUGUAAAACAUGUGGGAAAAGGUUUGGAAAUAAUCGUAAUUUAGUGACGCACACAAGAAUUCACACAGGUGUGAAACCAUAUCAAUGCAAAACGUGUGGGAAAUGGUUCAGAAUGCACUCUCAUUUAAGAGUUCACAUAAGAAUCCACACAGGUGAGAAACCAUAUCUUUGUGAAACAUGUGGGGAAGCUUUCAGACAUCGUAAUACUUUUUGGGCACAUGUAAAUAUGUCACACAAGGGAGAAGCCAUGUUGUUGUAAAAGUCAGAAGUUUGCAUCACACAUGUUCUUUGUUUUUUAACUGGCUACAUCACCAUGGUAACUUGUGACGGGAGAAGCGAGAUGGACUGGUGCUGCGGCUCAUCGUUUUAGAAAGUCUCCGUUUUCACUGUCCACACUGCGGCGUGAAAGCACCGUUUUCAAGAGCGUUUUCAAAACGCUGCGUUUUCCAUCAGUGAAAACGCCGUCUCAGUGUGGACAGGAGGCCAAAAUGGAGAGAGAACAAUGUGUUUUAAAACAAAAACGCAUUAGUGUGGACGUAGCCUGUAU